AAAAAGUGUAAAAAUGUCAAAUAUGCAAUACAGAAACACUGGUGCUGCAAGGCAAGACGCCCGCCACAGAUCAGUAAAACUUGAUAGUCUAUUGGCUCAGAAAUAAAUGGAUAGAGACUGUGUUCAACAAAUGUAAAAUGUUCCUGCACAAGAUGGGACAGGAAGCUAAGGCUGACCAAAUUCUUCAGAAACCUUAUAAUAUUAUUGGCCAGACAAUCUCGAAAAUUUAUAAGGAAGAUGGGAAAUUUUUGAUGAAGUGGAUUACCGAUGAGUACUCACUAGAUGUUAACGGUGGUAACAGGAAGGACAAAAGCGAUAUUAAUAUUACUAGCUGUAAGGAGAAAUUUAAGAUCCUUCUUUCCCUUGAUAUUUGGAUCGAGAAAUUAGCUCAAUGGCAAUCCAGUGGAUACAAACUAGAGAUGCCUAAGAGAGAAGAAGUUGACUCCCUCAGAUGGGACAUGAUACUUAGAGAAAAACUUAAGGAAGCCUUAAGGUCAAGAGGAGCUCCCUCAGCACCACCAGAAAACAAGACAUCUAACCAACCAUCGGGAGCACAAGAUGAAAUGUAUCUGAGGGCACAAGAACAGAGAAAAAGGAAACAACUGAAGCAGAAAUAAGUAUAAUGAAUCUCAUCUUGAGAUCCGAAACGAAAGUAUUAUUUCAACUGAAAAGACCAGUGAUAUUUCUUCUCUUGUCCGAAUUCAAAGGCCUCCAGUUGCAAAACCCAAGGUAGAUAUGGAAGAGCUGUUUAAAAAGAUAGAAGGGUUGAAGAAGAAAAUUAAAGAAAGUAUUGAAGACCCUUCCAACAAGAAUAUAAUCCACCUUAAUUCACUUGAUAGCAACAGGAUCUGAGUGACCCAAUGAAUAAGUUUUAUUGAAGAGCACAACUCGCGUGCGCCUCAGAUUAUUCAGAAUUGAUUGAAUAAUGUCCAAAAGCAUGGGAAGAACAACCCAAAGUAUACUCCUAUCAAACAAGAGAUUUAUAAGACACAGAUUCCUCUGAAGAGACAUCCCCAAUAGAAGGGAGCUUGUAACCUUAAUUAAUUCUGAAACAGUUUGAUAAUUC